CAGACCUCCAAGGCCUUCUGCAGCGGCUGGAGACAUUGUCGGGUGAGGUCUUGGUUGGACUCGGGUGGCAGCCUGAAAUACCUGGGCAUGGGGGACUGGGGACCCUUCACCUGUCAUUUCUGCCCUCGAAAUCCAAACCAGCAGGAGCUGGAAGGGCCAAUGGGACUACCCUGCCAGGAGCAGGGUAGAAGUGAAGGCCCUCCAUAUCCCCAUUGUAUAAACGAGGAAACUGAGGCUGGGGCAGUGCAAAAACAUGCCAGGAUGCUGAGACCUAGGCUGGUCCAACCUUUCCUCAGAGCUCCCAGCCCACUGUCUGUCUUUCUGCUCUGUCCACAGAGGAGAAGCGCAUCUAUCGGGUGCCUGUGUUCACGCCGACAUUCUGCCAGGCCCUGCUGGAGGAGCUGGAACACUUCGAACAGUCAGACAUGCCCAAGGGAAGGCCCAACACCAUGAACAACUACGGGAUGCUGCUUCAUGAGCUAGGCCUGGAUGAGCCACUGGUGACACCACUGCGGGAGCGCUUCCUGCAGCCGCUGAUGGCCCUACUGUACCCAGAUUGUGGUGGGGGCAGGCUUGACAGCCACCGUGCCUUCGUGGUCAAAUACGCACUGGGCCAGGACCAGGAACUAGGCUGCCACUACGAUAAUGCUGAGCUCACCCUUAAUGUGGCCCUGGGAAAGGCCUUCACCGGGGGUGCCCUAUACUUUGGGGGCCUCUUCCAGGCACCCGCAGCCCUGACGGAGCCCUUGGAGGUGGAGCACGUGAUGGGCCAGGGUGUGCUGCACCGGGGUGGUCAGCUGCAUGGCGCCCGGCCCCUGGGCACUGGCGAGCGCUGCAAUCUCAUCGUCUGGCUCCGGGCCUCUGUAGUGCGCAACCGCUUCUGUCCCAUGUGUUGCCGUGAGCCAGACCUGGUGGAUGACGAUGGCUUCGGGGACGGCUUUACCCGGGAUGAACCCACCACCGUGGAUGUGUGUGCACUGACCUGACCAGGUUCAUCCAGAGAUGGCAGUGGUGUGACAUGACAAGUGAAGGCUCUGCCACCUUGGCUUGGGAAGGGCAGAAAUAAACUCUACAACCAUGACACUCCUUGGAUCAAAAGGCCAUGCUGGCGCUGGAGGCAUGGCUCAAGUGGUAGAGCACCUGGCUAGCAAGCAUGAAGCCCCGAGUUCAAAUCCCAGGACCACUCCCCAUCCUUUCCCACCCCCACCCUUAAAGGCUUCUGGGUUACUGUAUGGCAGGUUUGCUUGAAGCAGAGCCUGACGGGGGAUUCUUGGAGAGAGACCUCAGAGGUGUGUGGGGGGGAGCAGAAGAGAGCACACAAAGCAGCCUCAGCCCAACCCCUGGAGGUGAGUGGGAAUCCCAGCACAGUUGUUUCCCAGCAGCAGCUAGUGGCUCUGGGAUGGGCCAGGGAGGAGCGAGUGACUUCCCAGACAUCCUCCUCUUGGUCAAGGGCUCCCAGUGGCCAUGGGAGGCCUCCAGCAGAGAAUACAUGUGUCACCUAUCUGCAGUGCUAGGGGGUUGGGUGGGCCACCAGUAGCAACCUGUGGGUAGGUGUGGAGGGCUUAAGCCACACCGAGUUCAAAUCCUGGUUCCGCCACUCUGGCUGUGUGUGUAACCCUGUGGACUUCUUUGUACCUUGGAGGGUGGUGUGAGAAUCCAGUGAUUUCGACACUUAAAAAAUGCUUUACAACAGCCCUCCGUGUUUGCUGCUGUUAAUAAAACGCUCAAAACUGGUGGCUGCAAGAUUAGACGAGACACAUGUGCACCCGAGUUUUCCUGGGGCAACAAAUUUGAAACCCAGGGGAUUUCCAUAUUGAAAUCUUGACUUCUGGCUUCCCUGGAAAGGUGGGCAGAUGUGGAAACACCAGUCCCCAUUCUCACACUGCAAAACCCAGCUGUAAUGAAGCCUUAGUUGCGCACUCCCAGGCCCGGGGGGUCCACUUCUUCCUUCGUUGUCAUCAUCUCUCUGGCCCCUCUUGCACCCCCGGUACUGGGUGAUGUUAGGAGGCCCUGGAGCCCAGUCUGAUGGCCUGGACAGGCCCGCAGACAAAGCGGGAAAAGAGCGCUGCGCAAGAAAGUCAUCUUCCCAGUCUUGAGGAGACUGGUGAUGCGGGUGCGAUUCUUUUUGGAGGAAGGCAGAGAGAGGCGUGAGGGGUCUGAGAGCUCAGGGCUGGCGCCAGGCUGGAGAACCCUGCCUGGUCCGGGCGCGGAGCUGCGGCAGUGGGCGCGCCAGGGACGGAACCCGGGGCUUCGGAACUAAAGGCAGCUGUCCUCGCCUUACGUCCGGACG